AUGGUUCCUGAUUGCAGGAACCAUGCAGUAGCAGAUGCUACUUGCAAGAACCGGCCUCUAGACCUUGUGUUCAUCGUAGACAGUUCUCGUAGUGUCCGACCUGAAGAGUUUGAGAAAGUGAAAAUCUUCUUAUCAAAAAUGAUUGAUACUCUGGAUAUUGGUGAAAGAGCAACCCGUGUGGCAGUCAUGAAUUAUGCCAGCACUGUCAAGGUAGAGUUUCCCCUCCGGACCUACUUUGAUAAAACCUCUAUGAAGGAGGCUAUAUCUCACAUCGAACCUUUGUCUGCUGGCACGAUGACUGGCCUUGCCAUCCAAACUGCCAUGGAUGAAGUCUUCACUGAGGAAAUGGGUACCCGGCCAGCAAACUUCAAUAUCCCCAAGGUGGUCAUUAUCGUGACAGAUGGACGGCCACAAGACCAGGUUCAAGAUGUGGCAGCAAGCGCCCAGGCAGCUGGCAUUGAGAUCUAUGCCGUUGGGGUGGACCGGGCAGACAUGCAGUCCCUGAGGAUGAUGGCCAGUGAGCCACUGGAUGAACAUGUCUUUUAUGUGGAGACCUAUGGUGUGAUUGAAAAGCUGACAUCCAAAUUCAGAGAGACUUUCUGUGCUGUGAACAUGUGCGCACUUGGGACCCAUGACUGUGAGCAGGUCUGUGUGAGUAGUGGUGGAUCCUAUGUUUGUGACUGUUAUGAAGGCUACGCGCUUAAUCCAGACAAGAGAACUUGCUCAGCUGUAGACAUGUGUGCACCUGGAAGGCAUGAGUGUGACCAGGUCUGUGUGAGUAACAACGGAUCCUAUAGCUGUGAAUGCCAUGAAGGCUAUACCCUGAAUGCAGAUAAGAAGACUUGCUCGGCUAUGGACAUGUGUGCACCUGGAAGGCAUGACUGUGCACAGAUCUGUUUGAGUAAUGAUGGAUCCUACAGCUGUGACUGUUAUGAAGGAUACACUCUGAAUGCAGAUAGGAAGACCUGCUCAGUUGUCGACAUGUGUGCACCAGGGAGGCAUGACUGUGAGCAGGUCUGUGUGAGAGAUGAUCUAUUCUAUACCUGUGAUUGCUAUCAAGGCUACACCCUGAAUCCAGACAAGAAGACUUGCUCAAGAACUAAUGUAUGUGCACCAGGGAUGCAUGAGUGUGAGCAGGUCUGCGUGAGUAAUGAUGGAUCGUAUACCUGUGACUGCUAUGAAGGCUUUACCUUAAAUCCAGAUAAGAAAACAUGCUCAAGGGCUACAACAAGCAGUCUUGUAACAACUGAGGAGUCCUGUAAGUGUGAAGCUAUAGCUGCAUUACAGGACUCAGUCACCUCACACCUUGAAGCUCUGUCCAUGAAAAUAGAUGAAGUGUCUCAGAAGUUACAAGCAUAUCAAGAGAGACAGCAGAUUGUCUAAGUUAUCAUUCUACUUAAUUAUAAAAUGACCUUUCUGAAGCAUUCAUUUUUAUUGUGUUCAGCAAGCUUUAUUUCAUUGCACAGCUUACAAAACAGCAGUGGUUUGGUAUUGUUGACCAAAUGUCAAGAAGACUUCAAGAAGACUUCAGGAAGACAAUGGUUUCAAUAAUACAGGGACCCUGAGGGUCUUCAUGUAUGGUCACUCUGUAACAGUAAAGCUAUCUAUACCUACUGUACUUCACUCAGUACUACAAAUAGUACAGUAGGUACUGUUAUUCUGCAGUAACUGUGUUUUUAUUUUAUUUAAAAGUAAAUACAAGAAAAAACUAUUUUUGAAUGCAUACAGUAUAUCAUGUUAUAUAAAGCUGUGAAAAGUAAAAAAAUUGUCUGUAGCAUCUGUCCAAUGGGAGAGGCAUUUGGCGUCUUGUAAUUUAUUUUAAUAAACUAAAGAUCAGCACACAA